CCCUAGCGUUACAGAUUUAUUCGUUUUAUUUAAAAACAAGCAUCUACAUAAGGUUCACAUGAUCUCACAGUGUUGCGCUUAAAUACAUCCAGUAUUCACAUGAAUUUUGAUAGAGAGAUUGUGAUGAAUAGCUCGUGUUUUAACAAUCAUUUCUUGUACAAAUUCACUUCGAAGAAAAGCGUCUGUUUUAGCAAAACAUACAACAACAGACCGUUAAGUUGUUCCUUCAUUAAACAAAAAGCUACAAAAAUGUAUUUAAAAAUGCUAAAUGUUAAUUCAUAUUAAUUAAUUAAAUAUUAAGAUUAUUGCUUAAUCCAACUGUUUUAUGACCGAUAAACAUUGAUAUCGGGCUACACACAGGGCUCGUUUUCAUGACAUCGACGUCUGAAUGUGAAAGCCAGAUAAAGUAGGCAAUACAGAAUAUAAACAAAAGAAGAGUUUCGCUUUCUGUUCGUUAAACAAAUAUUCGUGUUGACAUUUCCUUUUCGUGCGUAAAUGUAGUUGUUCAGCAAUAUCCACAGAAGCAGCUGAAGAGGCAGAGGAAGGUGAUGUUCGACGGUUUCUGCGCUUGUUCUUCACGCUUCACCUGGAAACGCGCAUAAUGAAGAAAAGCGAAAGUAAAAGUGUUUCUUUAUAACUCCUUGUAUGAAAGACAGCGGGCGAAACACUAAUAAUCACGAUCGAGUUAUGAUUGUAUUAUAGCUCUGUCUAAUUUGUAGUCAUUAUGGACAUUAAAUGUAUUUAUAUUUCAGUACUCCUGAUGUUCGCUGACGGGUUCACCGUGCGCGGUGCGUCUGGUCCUCUGGCUGCUCCUCUGGGAUCUUCAGUGGUUUUGUCCUGUUCUCUUGAUGAACUCUUACUAAUAGAAGGUCGGAGGGCGGAAUGGAGAAAAACACACCUCACACCUGAACAAGUUUCAUGGAAGAAAACAGAUGAAGAUGAAGAUAUUCUGGUUCUGCUCUACCAAAACAAUCAGGCUUUGCCAGAUUUAUCAGAUGAGCAGUACAGAGACAGAGUUGAGUUCUUCACUGCUGAAAUCCCCAAAGGAAACUUCUCUCUCAGACUGAAGAGCGUCAGAACUGAGGACAAAGGAGUUUACACGUGUCAAGUGUUUGCUGGAGAACUUUCAGCCAAUGCAACUGUGGUACUGAAGACACUGGGUUUCUCUUCUUUGCACAUAAUGGUGUUGGUUUUCUGUUUUGCUGCUGGAUCUGGAGCUGUUCUUCUGCUCUGCUGUCUGAUCUACUGCAGAUCAACAAACACAGUCUCCAGCAGCACAAUCUGGAGUCUUCAGCUUUCUCUGGUCUUUUGUCCAAAUGUCUUUAUGUCCUUCGCCUUCAUCUUCUGGGCUCUUACUGAAGGAUUUCUGUAUGAGACCAUUACCUGCUGUACUCUUUAUAUUCUGAGACCUGUUAUGUUGAUUUGGGCUUUGCCCUGUUUAAACUAUCUUCUAGCACAUCUCUGUAAUGAAAUCAUGUACAUGUUUGGAGCAGUUGGUCUUGUUUUGUUGAGCUCUGUUACACUGACUGCAGUACUGAUCCUGAAAGCACGAAACGGUGAGCGAGUUUUGAAGGAUCUUAGAUUCAUUGUCUUCCCUGCCGAAGGUGUUUUUGCCUUGUAUUGGCUCAUAUUACAAAUGCAUGCUUACUGGAAGAUUGUUACAACUGAAAACCUCGACGCACAAAGGUGCUCUCAUCAAAAAGAUCAACUCAAGAACUCACCAGAGACUGAGAUGGAGAAUCUGUCCGCAGUUUGUCUGAUGUAAAACACAAAACAAAUAAGACUGAAAGCUAAUUUGUGAAGCAGGGGGUUUGGUGACAUUCUGUAUAACUUGCUUUUUUGUGGCUGUAUUUAAGUUUUGUAUCUUAAGUUGAUGUACAGCUCUCAUGUAAAUGUGGCAUGUUAUGAAAAAAAUUGAAUAUUUAAUAGUUAUAUAUAAGGGAGCUGAACACGUGUUUUGUAAAUGUUUAUAUGACUUUUACAUCAGUAGCAGUAGUACAACACUCUCUUAGUACAAUAUUCUACUUUUAGUGCAAUAUUUUACAGAUUCACUCCUAUUAAUAUUAUCCACAAAACUGUGAAUAUGUUAAUAAUCUAUAAAUAUGUCUAUUCUAUUA